AUGGCACUAGAGUUGCUAAGACCUUUUGUUGAAACAAAAUCUUGGGAUUACUGCAUUGUUUGGCAGUUUGGCGAUGAUCCUUCUAGGUACAUCAAGUGGGUUGGUUGUUGUUGCAUUGGCAGUAAAGGUGUUUGUAAAAAUGUGAAACAGGAAAUUGAUCAUCACCAUUCUUCUCAACUAUGUAGAGAUACUUACACUAAGCACUCUUUGUAUACUAAUGCUUGUCAGAAACUAGCCAUGCUUCCUUUCCAUUUGCCACUGUAUUCUGGGAUUCAUGGAGAAGUUGCAAUGUCUACUCAACCAUCUUGGAAUCAUGAUUCUGUUGGAACUCAAGUUUUGAUUCCUGUUGAUGGUGGUCUGAUUGAGCUUUACGGAUUGAAACAAGUGCCGAAAGAUGAAGAGAUGAUAGAGACAAUUAUGGCACAUUUCAAUAUAUUUCCUCAACAAAUAAUGGUUCACCUUAAAACUGAAGGAAUAGUAAAUGCUUCAAACUCAUCACUUGUUUCAGUGGGUUCAACUCAAGUUUCUCCAACUCAAUCCAUUGAUAAGCCGAAACCUCGGAAGAAAAAGGGCCAAGAAGAACUCCAAUCUAAGCAUGUUUCGGCUGAACAGAGCAGAAGAAACCGAAUCAAAGAUGGUCUCUUUACUUUACGUGCUUUAGUUCCUAAGAUUACAAAGCUGGAUAGAGUUUCCAUACUUGGAGAUGCAGCCGAGUAUAUAAAGGAGUUGCAAAUUAAUGUUCAAUUACUUGAAGACGAGGUUAAGAGGUUGGAUGAUGCUGCUGCUGCUGCUGAUGAUGAUUCCAAGUCCCAUUUGGACGAAGUAGAGGUCUGCAAACCGAAAAUAUCAUCAUAUCAACAACACUCAACUUUGAAAGGGCAUAGCCGUCGUUCAACAUCAUCAUGCAGAAAACCCGAGGUUGAAGUAGAAGUACACCAAAUUGGGCCUAAACAUUUCUUGGUGAAACUAACUUGUGGCCAAAAGCGAGGGGCUUUUCAGAGGCUUAUGGAGAUCCUUAAUUCCUUGGGCCUUCAAGUACUUGAUGUCAAUGUGACUACUUGUUAUGGUCGUGUUCUGAACGUUCUUAAAGUUGAGGCAAAAGAGAAAGGCGUUGCAGCCAUGAGUUUGAGAGAGGUGUUGCUACAUAGUUGGAUGUCCAGUAUACUUCUGGAGAACCCAACAAGGAGCGGUUGAUGCGUAAAUUUAUCAACUUGGAGAUAUGAGUAGUUUAAGUAUCUUUAAUUUAACACAUAUGUUGAACGGAGAAACCAGUAUUGUUGGCCUGCACGAUGUCAAUGGUCGUUUAAUAGCAUAAAGGUAAUACUCGUAGUAUCUAUCUAUCAGUUGUUAUCCAGACAUGUUUAUUUUUAAGAAUACGAUUCAGUAGUUUUAGCACAAAGUGUUGCAAGUGAAUUUUGUCAUGAUCUGUUGAUGACUUGAUGCUUAUUUGAUGCGAUU